AUGAAUGCACCUGGAAAUAAUCAAAUGAUUGCCCCAAAAAUUCAAAAGCAAUUGGUGAAUGCUCGUGCAGUUGAGACUACAAAUGCUAUUCUAGCUGAUCUUGGAGAUAGGUGGUUCACUUUACUACUUGAUGAUGCUCGUGGCUAUUUAGUGAAAGAGCAAAUGACAGUUGUUAUUAGAUAUAUGAACAAACAUAGAGAGGUGAUUAAACGAUUUAUGGAUGUAGUUCAUGUUGCAACAACUACAGCGGCUUGUUUGAAGGAGGCAAUCGACUCUUUAUUUGCUAAGUAUGGUUUCUCAGUGGCGAGAUUGAGGGGUCAAGGAUAUGAUGGUGCUUCAAAUAUGUCUGGAGAUUUAAUGAUUGUUGGUUCGAUUGUGAACACAUCUGCAUCAUCUUGCAAAAGGGCCGACAAACUUCGACAACUUGAAUAUGACAGAAAAGUUAAACUUUUUGAAAGAGGAGAGAUUAGUUCUGAUAGAGGACUAAACCAAGAAACUAGUUUAGCUAGACCUGGAGAUACACGAUGGGGGUCUCAUCAUUCAACUUUAAGUCAUAUUGAACAAAUGUGGUCAUCUGUUAUAGAGGUUUUUCAAAAUUUGAUUGAUGAUGGUGAUCGUUCUUCUAAGGGUUUAAGUAGAACUUUGGUUGAAAGAAUGGAGAGGUAUGAAUUUGUGUUUAUUCUAUUAUUGAUGAAACGUAUAUUGGCAAUCACAAAUCAUUUGUCAACUGUUCUAUAUGAGAAAGAUCAAAAUAUUGUGAAUGCGAUGCGUUUGAUCAAUAAUGUUAUCGAUAUUAUUCUACAGGAGAUAGAUAGUCGUUUCUCUGAAACAACUACAGAUUUGUUGAUUUAUAUGUCAUACCUUGAUCCUAGGAACUCAUUCUCUAGAUUUGAUGUACAGAAGUUAGUGUGUCUAGCUCAUUUUUAUGAGGAUGAUUUUUCUUGGAAUGAGCGUAUGUUGGUUGAACAAGAGCUUGAAACAUAUAUUGAUGACGUCAGAUCAGAUGAGCGGUUUGAAGGCAUUUCGGAUUUGGGAGCUCUUGCAAAGAAAAUGAUUGAAACAAUGAAGAACCGUAUGUUUUCUUUCGUUUAUCGGAUGAUUGAGCUAGCCUUACUUCUUCCAGUUGCUACUACAACUGUUGAAAAAGUGAUUGGAGAUGAAUGGAUGAAUGAUAGUUUGGUAGUCUAUAUCGAAAAAGAUGUUUUUAAUGCUGUCGACAAUGAGCCAGUUUUACAGCGUUUUCAGAACAUGGACUCUCGAAGAAUACAAUUGUCACGAAUUCAUUAG